AUGACCCAUCAGAAAGUUACAAUCAUCGGAGGUGGCCCAGCUGCCCUGACUGCUGCGCUCUAUCUCGCCCGUGCUGAGAUCAAGCCAACCGUCUACGAGGGACUGUUAGCCAACGGUAUCGCAGCCGGUGGUCAAUUGACCACCACCACGGAGAUCGAGAACUUCCCAGGUUUCCCAGAGGGGCUGACCGGUACCGAGCUGGUUGAGAGAAUGAAGAAGCAGGCUGAGAAGUUUGGAACUGAGGUGAUCACUGAAACCGUGGCCAAAGUUGACCUGAGCUCGAGACCUUUCAAGUUCUGGACCGAGUGGAACGAAGACGCUGAGCCAAUCACAACCGAUGCCAUCAUCCUCGCCACCGGUGCCUCCGCAAAGAGACUGAACUUGCCAGGCGAGGAGACGUAUUGGCAACAGGGUAUCUCUGCCUGUGCUGUUUGCGACGGUGCUGUUCCAAUCUUUAGAAACAAGCCACUUGCCGUGAUUGGUGGUGGUGACUCUGCCUGUGAAGAGGCGUUGUUCUUGACCAAGUACGGUUCCAAGGUGUACCUUGUUGUUAGAAAGGACUACCUCAGAGCCUCAACCAUCAUGCAGAGACGUGUUGAGAAGAACGACAAGCUCGAGAUCCUCUACAACACCGUGUCCGUCGAGGCCAAGGGUGACGGUAAGCUGCUCAAUGCUCUCCGCAUCAAGAACGUGAAGACUGAGGAGGAGAGCGAUUUGCCUGUGAACGGUUUGUUCUACGCCAUUGGCCACACUCCAGCAACGUCAAUUGUUCAAGGACAAGUUGAGACCGAUGCCAACGGCUACAUCAAGACCGUUCCUGGUACUACACACACAUCUGUGGAGGGCUUCUUCGCAGCUGGUGAUGUCCAAGAUGAGCGUUAUAGACAGGCCAUCACAUCUGCUGGUACCGGUUGUAUGGCUGCUUUGGAUGCCGAGAAGUUCCUAUCCGAGCAGGAGUAG